AUGUGGACGCGAUUAGUAAGAAGUGCUUUGAUCCGCCGGCGUGCGGCGUUGCCGGCAUCGCGUCCGCCGAUCCUUCAUCGUCAGAUACCCCACCGCGAAACAGUAAGCCUAUUACUACCAUUUACUGAAUCUGCAUCUCGCUUCUCGCAUUUCUCUGCAAUUUCCGAUUUCCACCAAAACACGAGACUUUUCUCAUCGGACACAGCUGAAAUUCACGAGGAACCACCCUCCGAACCCCUAAUUUCAGAGGCUAAUGAAAUCACUGGAUUUUUCGUCCGAAAGCACUGUAGACUAUUCAAAGACGUUAGGGGUCUUGAUGAAGAUGACGGUGUUGGGCAAGUAAAGGAGAAUGAUCCGGAGAAGGUGGAGACUCUAUUGUCUUUGCUUCAGAGUAGCGGUACGGCCAACGGGUCUUUGGAAUCUGAUUUCGAAGGAAUGAAUUUGGGUUUGAACGACGAUCUCGUGUUGAAGGUGCUCGAAACCCAAUAUAUACCAGGGGAAAAUUUGAUCUGUUUCUUCAGUUGGAUUUUGAAGAAACCAGAGUUUAAGUUGACCACAGUGGUGCUUGAUGCGCUAGUUAGUGCUAUAUGCACUGAAAACAGGAGAACAGAAGCAUAUGCAUUGUGGGAUUUGGUAAACGAGGUGGGGGAUAAGGAGAAUGGGUUGGUGAGCACAAAGAGUUUAAAUUCAUUAAUCGAAGUGUUUUCGAGGUUAGGAAAAGCGAAGGCAGCAUUUGAUGUGCUCAAUAAGUUUGAGGAACUCGGAUGUGUUCCGAAUGCUGAUACGUAUUAUUCAACACUUGAAGUGCUUUGCAAGAGGUCCUUUUACACCUGGGCUUGCUCUGUUUGUGAGAAGAUGCUGAGUGCAGAUAAAUUGCCCGAUGCCGAGAGAGUUGGGAAGAUAAUUUCCUCCUUGUGCAAAGGAGGCAUGACGAAAGAUGCGCACUUGGUUUAUCUGUAUGCAAAGGACAAGAAAAUUUGUCCUCCUCAAUCGUCAAUCGACUUCUUGAUCGGCUCUCUUUCUCGAAUUGAGAGAGCUGGUAAGGGUUCUGAAAAGGAAAUAGAUAAGGAACUCGAUAAACAGAACGUUUCCUCGGCCUUAGAGAUGUUGAAUGAUUAUCCAGCAGAGAAACGGAAGUAUGCAAUUAAGCCCUUCUCAAGUGUCAUCAAUAAAAUGUGCUGGAUUGAAGAUGUGGAGGGGGCCAAAAAGUUGCUUCUAAAGAUGGUUGAAUCUGGCCCACAUCCUGGAAAUGCUGUAUUCAACUGCGUAAUUAACGGGCUUGCUAAAGCUGGUGAUAUCAAGGAGUCACUGUAUCUGAUGAAAGUGAUGAAGAGCAGAGGCUUAAAACCUGAUGUGUAUACCUAUAGUGUGAUUAUGAGUAGCUAUGCCAGGGGCGGUGAAAUGGAAAAGGCGUGCAAGAUAUUCGCUGAGGCCAAAAAGAAUCACUCGAAACUAACCACGGUUACAUACCAUACACUCAUUCGUGGGUUCUGCAAACUCGAGCAAUUCGACAAGGCUGUGGAUCUGUUGAGGGAGAUGAAGAAGCAUGGUGUUCAUCCCAAUCACGACGAGUACAAUAAAAUGAUCAAAUCUCUUUGCUUAAAGGCUUUAGAUUGGGAAACUGCUGCCAAGUUGGAGAAGAAAAUGAGAAAGAAUGGCUUGAUUCUUAAUGGCAGAACGAGGGCUCUCAUUAGUGCUGUUAAGGAGUUGGACGAAGGGGUAAGCUCUGAAAUAUCUGUUCCUGAAAUAUCUGUUCCUGAGUAAUUGCACAACCGAAGUCUCUUCUUUUCCGGUUCUCGUUAUUAUUUUUCUUGAGAGCAACUUUUUGGCGAUAAUAUGCACUUUUAGGAUGCACUGAUGUGUUUCAGUUAGAUGUUGUAGCCUUCAGUCAUUGUGUUUUAUUUGGUCAAUAAAUAGAGGUUCAUAACAAUUCGAUAAGAAGUUUGCCUUGAAAAUGUUAAUCCAAGCUCUUAUGGACAUUUUCUUUAAAAAUUAUGAGGUUGUACUUUUGUUUGUUACUCUCAGUUUCUAAAAAUCGCACUUGAUUCACUU